GUUUACUGACUGGGCCUCCAGGUCGCCUUCAGGAAUACCAGGUCAUCGGUAGGCAUUUGCCUACCGAGUCGAACCCGACUCCCAGCCUUUACCGCAUGCGCAUCUUCGCCCCCAACGAGGUCGUUGCCAAGUCGCGGUACUGGUACUUCUUGCGUGGUCUCAAGAAGGUCAAGAAGGCCACUGGUGAGAUUGUUGCCGUCAACAAGAUCCACGAGAAGCACCCCCUGAAGGUCAAGAACUUUGGUAUCUGGAUCCGCUACAACUCCAGGUCCGGCACGCACAACAUGUACAAGGAGUACCGUGAGCUGUCCAGGACUGCAGCUGUUGAGGCUAUGUACCAGGACAUGGCUGCCCGCCACCGUGCCCGUUUCGCCUCGAUCCACAUUCUCCGUGUCGUCGAGCUUGAGAAGACCGAUGACAUCAAGCGCCCUUACAUCAAGCAGCUCACCAGCAAGGGCCUUGCCUUCCCCCUUCCCCACCGUGCCCCCAAGAUCAACAACAAGAAGAUCUUCAGCGCGAGGCGCCCGUCUACUUUCGCUUGA